GGCAACUGCGCGGCCGCCGCCACCGGGGACCGGGCUGUCCCGGCGGGUGCCGCGGCCAUGAGCGCCGCGCUGGUGGGGUACAGCAGCUCCGAGGAGGAGCAGGAGCAGGAGGAGGAAGGGGGGAGCCGAGGCGGCGGCGCGCAGGGGCCCCCCGGGGCCAGCGCCGGUCGCCCCCGCCUGCCCGCGCCCGCCGGCCUGCCGGGAGACUCGAACCCGGAGGAGGCCGUGAGCGAUGACAGCUCCCGGCACGGCGGCCGCGUGCGCGGCUUCCCCCACGAGCGGGGCAACUGGGCCACGCACGUCUACCUGCCCUACAUUGCCCAGGAGGAAUUCCUGGAGCUGCUGGAGCUGCUGGUGUCCCGCGCCCGCACCUACGUCCCGUCGCUGGCUGCCAUGGAGGAGUUCCACCUGAGCCUCUCGCAGUGCGUGGUGCUGCGCUACCACUGGAUUGAGCCCUUCGUUCGCUCGCUCAGGGAGCGCCUGGCCGCCUUCCACAGGAUCUGGCACCUGACACGUCAGGUUUUGGCUUUCCAGGAUCAGGCCAGAGCUGUGCCAUCCCCUAAACCAUGGAUAGUUUUGUUGCUUACAUGGGCCUCAGGCACUGGGUUCUUCUGCGUGGCUGACCAAGUGAAGGUUUACACCAACCAGAACAAAACCAGGACCUUUAUUGGCCUGGAGGUCUCUGCUGGGCAUUUCCAGCUGCUGGAGCUGGUCUCGGAGGUGGACGGCGUUCUAGAGGAAUUUGACCUUCCCACAUUCUACAAGGACCCAUCGUUCCACAUCAGCUUGGCCUGGUGUGUUGGUGACCUGUCUGGCAGGCUGGAAGGGCAGUGUCUGCGGGAGCUCCAGGACAUUGUGGAUGGGUUUGAGGAGUCAGCAUUUCUGCUGCGUAUCCAAUGGGAGCAAAUCCGUUGCAAGUCAGGGAACAAGUACUUCUCCUUCCCCUUGAGGUAGGGGCAGGUGGGGCUGUGCAUUUUGGAGCCUGGAAGAGCCUGACACUGAACCAGGACCGUUGCCUGGCACAGCUCUGCGUGGCGCGGGCUGGCACGCACCUCUGCGCUCUUCUUGCCUGCUCAGCGUCUCUGCGGUGUUUGUGGCCUCAAGUCGGGCCACUUCCAUUUUGAGCUGCUGGCUGAAGAAAAGUGUGUUUGUAGCAGAUUUCAUCCUCGCUGCUGGAUGUGCUGCAGUCAGCACUGGCAGUUCCAGACAUCCCAUGGUCGCUAAUUUUGCUGAUUUUUAAAAAAAAAAGAAAAAAAAAAACUUCAAAAGCCAUAGAUGCCUUAUGGGAAGGAGGAAGAAGGUAGCGUGGGAAGCUGCUACUAAAGGGAGAAUGUCUCACACAGUGGGAAGUAGCACUGCCAGAUUGUUGGGAGGCUCUGGGCAUGUUUUGAGUAGCAAGAGGGAAGGACAUGGAGCUGGUUCCUCUUCCCUGAGUGUUUUCCUACUGUAAGCCAGCUCAGACAAGCACCUGAGUCAUGUUGUGUCCCACUCACACUGCUGGUGCCUCUACUGUAGAGACAUUUCACUGUCUGAUCCUUUUGCCAAAGAACAAGAGCUUGCUGCCAGGUGUGGGUGAGCCCUGGAAUGGACAGUGGCAGUGUUUGCCUGAGCUGGGAGGGCAGUGCCCACAGGUGAGUCAAGGGGUGGCGGCUCCUGCCCAGGCUCCACACGUUUUCCCUCUGUGAUCUGCACCCCAGGUGGAUGAAGACCCAGGGGAUUGAAGGCUGGACAUUGUCCCUUGGGAGAAACUCCUUUUUAAUCCUCUUGUCCCCAUGGGUUGGUCAGCUGCAACCUCUCAGGUAGUUGGAACAGGAUGCUGAUUUGAUGCCCUGAGUCUUUUUAUUCUGUGUCUGUCCAGGACUUCUGAGCAGUAAAAAUCUGUCUCCUCGUGUCAUAAAA